UGUCCAACCAAAGCUUCCGUAGUCUGAGUCACAUGGAUGAGUUGUUGUGGUCGUGAUGGCGAAAAACACAUGAAGCUCGCUUACAAACCUCUGCAGUAACGUCACAUUUAAGUGAAACUAUCCUGGCAACCAAACCAAGCCGUGUUACAACUCAAUAUCGUUUCAAAAGAGGGAUUCAAUUAAUAAAACGAUAUUUAAUUGCAUCAAGCGGAAGCGUCUCUGGUUCCUCUGCUGACGCUGAUGAAUGACACAUAAAACACGAUGCUCAGGUGGAUUCUUGGUGGUCGAGAGGCUCAGGGCUCAGUGGAGAAAAGCCCCGUGUUGUGCAUCGGAGAGGAACAGCCCAAAAACUGGUUCACUGAGCUGCAGGUGCUGAAAGGACAUUUUGACAUUGUUCGAUUUCUGGUGCAGAUUGAUGACUUCAGAUGUGCCUCAGCAGGCGACGACGGCCUUGUUUUGGUGUGGAAUGUCGAGACCGGGGAGAGGCUGCAGGAGCUGAGGGGCCAUUCUCAGCAGAUAACGGCCAUAACCACCUUCAGCUGUAAUAAUGGACUCACGUCACACACCUCACUCAUCACGGCCUCCUCAGACCGAAGUCUCAGUCUGUGGGACCCUGAUACUGGCAACAGGGUUCAGACCAUUUCAGAUCUUCAGUCUUCUGUAAAGUGUUUGCUGGUGCUGGAGCGUCUGUGUGUGUGGGUCUCUGGCGGGGAAGAGCUGUGUGUGUGGAACAAAGACUUCCAGCUGCAGUGUCAGAGACAGAACCACAGCGACACCGGAAUAACUGCUUUGAUAGAGCUGCCCAAGAACUGCAUAGCAGCGGCCAUGGAUAAAGAGAUAGUGAUCUACAGGCUGACAGUCUCUACGGACUCCUCCAUGUCCGUGGCCGAGGUCAGCCGCCUGUCCGACCACCAGGACAGGAUUCGAGCUCUUAUCAACGUCAAUGACGGGCUCUUCGCCAGCGGCUCCCAUGCGGGCGAGUUGAUCUUAUGGGACGCGAUUGAUUGGAACAUCCUGGGCUACGAGCACAUCCUGUGGGAGGAGUCACAAUCCAGCUCUCAGGCUGAAAUACGACUGGCUGCUCCCAAACCCAGUGAGAUGUCAAUUCAGCAUCUGACCUCCAAUGGACGGCACAUCCUUGCAGCCGUGGGCAGCGGCCUGUAUGUGUACAGCAUUCAGACUAAGAUGGUGGUGGCCUACAAGAAGGUUGCCCAUGACUCUAAUGUCUUACACACCAUGCUCUUAUCUGACAGCGAGCUGAUGUCCUGCUCUGAGGACGGCAGUGUGAGGAUGUGGGAGAUCCAAGACCUGCCUUUAUCUGCUGAACCCGCCUCUCCAGGGUUCUUUGGAAUGUGGUCUUUCAGCCGGUCAAACAAACAGACCAAUCUUCCAUCAAAGAAGGUCACGGACGUCCCACACAUCAGGACGCUGGAGUUGACGGGUGAUCUGAUUGGACACUCGGGGGCAGUCCAGAUGUUCGUGAGCUUUAGGGAGAACGGUUUGGUCACCUGCUCGACGGACCACCUGCUGAUUCUGUGGAAGAACGGAGAGAGGCAGUCCCACCUCCGCAGCCUGGCACUCUUCCAGAAGCUGGAGGAGAAUGGAGGACUCUGACCUUUAACCCUUUAAACAAGCAGAGAUGUGAAGCUGUCGGUUAUGUUGUUCUCAAAUCAUUUUUUUUUUUACUGUGAAGAUUGUUGUUUGCUUUUAAUGAUUGUGCAAUGGUUGUUGUUUUGCCUAAUGACUGAUAGUAUUUAUCUUAAAUUAAAAAGAGAAAAUCAGUAAAAUACCUCAUCUCAGAAACACUUUUUUCUCAUAUUUUUAUUCCUAACCUGACCUUUUUGUACGGGACAUUUCCUGUUUUGGGUCAAAUGCUUAGCAGGUAUUUUCUUGGCGAGCGUUGGAAAAGAAUAUCGAUACAUAAAAUAUGAAGCUGCAGCUGGUUAGCUUAGCUUAGCAUAAAGACUGGAAACCAUC